UAGGUGGGCGGGGGCAAAUUCAGUGGAGACAGCAUCCGUGGGCACCCGUGGACACAGGAGCUGCCCAGAACUCCCACCAGCGCUGGGGUCCAAGUAACGUGGACUUUCCCAGGUGAGGCAGGAGCUGGGACCAGGCUGCGGCUGCCUCCAGGUCAGUGCCAGACUCUGCUCGUGCCCAGAGGGCCACACUGACCUUCACAGCUCCAACCACCCUGGUCGCCACCCUGGGGACCCCACCCACGAAUCUGGAUUCCUGCCCCAGGGCCCCCACUUAUGGCCCCCAUGACCUCAGCUCUGGCCUCACCAGCCCUGCUGCAGCCCCUCUGGGCCCUGGAUGCCUGGCCUCCCUGUGCCAAGUGCUGGCAGACAAAGAGUUAGACAGCACGGUUCUUGGGAACCCCCAGGGUGCUGGGGCUCUAGACAGUGAGCCCCUGCUGGGGGCCACAGCCAUGGCCACUGCCUGCCCCUGGGCUGGGCAAGUAGGGGAAGAGGAGGAUGGGGAGCAGGCAGGGGAGUUGGGGGAGGAGGAAUGCCCCAUCUGCACAGAGCCCUAUGGGCCCGAUGAGCACCACCUGGCUCUGCUCAACUGUGGCCAUGGCCUGUGUGUGGGCUGCCUGCACCAGCUGCUAGGCACAGCCUCCAGUGCCCACCAGGGCCAGGUGUGCUGCCCACUGUGUCGCCAGAAGACGCCCAUGCCUGAGUGGGAAAUCUGCCAGCUGCAGGAGGAACUGCUGUGGGCAGAUGGGCCUCAGGGCCCACGGCCCCCUACACCCCCUGCUCCUCCCCACCGGGGCCCUGGGCCCUGGGCCUCCCUAGAGCACCGCUACCGGCUACGCUUCCUGGCAGGGCCUGUGGGCGGCCAGGGCUGCCUUCCCUUCCUACCCUGCCCGCCCUGGCUGGGUGCCCGGCUCUGGGCCUUGCGGGAACGAGGGCCCUGCACCCGCCGCCUAGUACUGCUGGGCCUGCUAGCCCUGGAGCUCCUGGGCCUGUUGCUCAUCUUCACGCCACUCAUGCUGCUGGGGCUGCUCUUGAUGCUGCUGGACCGCUCUGGCCACUGAGCAGGGCCUGUCACACCUGCUGCCAACAGACCGGGAGACCCAUGCUAGCCCUGAGGACUGAUGACCAAACUAUAAAGCCCACGGUGGGGCCGGGCACUAGCCUUCAAUCCAGACCCAGGCCUGGGGCCAGGAGCCUGUGUUCAGCCUCUGACGGAGCCAGAGACUUCAAACCACCUGCCGCCCAGACACUAACUACUGGUGCCCACGGGCAGUGCUGGAGGAAGCCUGCAACUGGGCCCUAUGCACCCCUUGAUACACAAGCUUCAUGCUCUCCUCCCGUCCCCUUGCCCGACGUGGCCUGUUUGCAAGAGGGACACAAUGGACACGAAAGUGAAUGCUGUCACGUUCCAGAUAAGGGCCAGUGUGUUCCCUGAAGGUCAGGGCUGCAGGGGCGGGGCCGCUGCUAUGCAAGCUCGGGCCACAGCUUCCUCACUGACUGGGUCAGACUGAAGGUGAUGGCCCCUGGCUGUCGGGCAUCCAGCCCAUGCCCCUGAACUACUAGGACAAGGGUCCAGCUAGGCCUCGGAGUUGGACAGCAUAGAACUGAGUACCCUGUAACCUCAUGGCAUUGAGCCCAGGGCCUUUAUCUAAAGGACAUCUGUACAACCUUUGGGGCUUGUUGGCAACGUGCAGAGUGCUGUACCUAGAACGAGGGAUGGCUCUCAAUAGACAGCUGCUACGGAGACAUCCCUC